GCCAUGGACUCGGACGCCAGCCUGGUGUCUAGUCGCCCGUCAUCGCCAGAACCCGAUGAUCUUUUUCUGCCCGCCCGAAGCAAGGGGGGAAGCAGCAGCGGUUUCACAGGAGGGACCGUGUCCUCAUCCACGCCGAGCGACUGCCCGCCAGAGCUGAGCUCCGAGCUGCGAGGGGCCAUGGGCGCGGCGGGUGCGCAUCCCGGGGACAAACUGGGUGGCGGUGGCUUCAAGUCAUCUUCCUCCAGCACCUCUUCGUCCACGUCGUCGGCAGCCACAUCUUCCACCAAGAAAGACAAGAAGCAGAUGACAGAGCCCGAGCUGCAGCAGCUGCGCCUGAAGAUCAACAGCCGGGAGCGCAAGCGCAUGCACGACCUCAACAUCGCCAUGGACGGCCUGCGGGAAGUCAUGCCGUACGCGCACGGGCCGUCGGUGCGCAAGCUCUCCAAGAUCGCCACGCUGCUGCUGGCGAGAAACUACAUCCUGAUGCUCACCAACUCGCUGGAGGAGAUGAAGCGACUGGUGAGCGAGAUCUACGGGGGUCACCACGCCGGCUUCCACCCGUCGGCCUGUGGCGGGCUGGCACACUCGGCGCCUCUGCCCACCGCCACGGCGCACCCCGCGGCCGCCGCGCACCACCCGGCCGUGCACCACCCCAUCCUCCCUCCCGCCGCCGCCGCCGCAGCCGCCGCCGCCGCAGCAGCAGCGGUGUCCAGCGCCUCUCUACCGGGCUCCGGGCUGUCCUCGGUCGGAUCCAUCCGGCCUCCACACGGCCUGCUCAAGUCUCCGUCGGCAGCCGCAGCCGCCCCUCUCGGAGGCGGGGGUGGAGGCAGCGGUGGCAGCGGUGGCUUCCAGCACUGGGGCGGCAUGCCGUGCCCCUGCAGCAUGUGCCAGGUGCCGCCGCCGCACCACCACGUGUCGGCUAUGGGCGCCGGCACCUUGCCGCGCCUCACCUCCGACGCCAAGUGA